UUAUUACGACAUUCUUUGCCAAUACGAACGAUGUAGUAAAUAUUGUUUCCAAACUGCGUUACCCACUCCAGUCAGCAGAUGGCGAUGUGCCUCUUUCAGGUGAUGAUUCUAGCGUGACGUAUAAUGGACUGGACGGGACACUUCUUCAGCAACAACCACACGGCUACUCUUUUAACCACCUCAGUAGCUUGCUAGCCAACAUAAACCCGAAAGAUUGACGCUUUAGACCAUGUUUAUGUACAUUAGCUAAUCUCAGUGUUUUAAACACAUUUCUGUUGACGUAACAUUAUCUACUGGGUAACUUUAAACUGAUUUGCAAACUUGUUAAAGAUUGAUACUGAGCCUAGCACUAGGCUAGUCGCUAAUGCUAACUAACUAACUAGCUAACUAGCUUACAUCCCUGACCAUGAGCUCACUAAACUACCCCUCCCCUGCUAAAAAAGAGGAGGUCUGGUCUAUGGAGAAAGAAGCUCUGGGGCUGAACAUUGCCGUGAAACAAGAAGAGGAGGAUGUUACAGUGAAAGGAGAGGAAGAAGCUUUCAGAAUGAUAAAGGAGGAAGAGGAGGCUAUUACACUGAAAGAAGAGAAAGGUCCGUUUGGAGUGAAAGAGGAAGAGGGGAUAGAGGUUGUCACAGUGGAAGAGGAGGAGGUAGAAGCUUUCAGAAUGAUAAAGGAGGAAGAGGACGCUGGUAUAUUGAAAGAAGAAGAGGAGGAUGUUAUAGUGAAAAAAGAGGAAGAACCUUUUAGAGAGGAAGAGGAUGGUAUCUCAAUAAAGGUGAAGAAGGAAGACGUUUUUGGAGUGAAAGAGCAGGAGGAGGAGACAGAAUAUCAGAUUAACACCAGAGGGAGACAUGACUAUCAUGGAUCCUCUGGGGAGCCUCAACAACAUCCUGAUGCUGACGAGGCAGAGAAGAGUCUCUCCAGAUCAGAACACCAGAUGGACAACGCUAGCCCUUCCUCCCUCCCAGAGUCCCCGUGUCGUACCUCUCCCAGUAGCACCUUACUGCUGGGUCUGAAGAGGUUGUCUGUGCGGCUGGUGGACUGCAGGAAAACAACGGGGCUGAGUGGAACUGUGAGAGGAGGAGAAGAGAAGAAAGGAGCAGAUUUGACUCAUCAAAGAGAACAACCAAAGUCGGAGGAACCAGAGACGUCCAAACCAGCAAGACGACACCUCUGCUCCCAGUGUGGAACUAGGUUUGUCAAUUUAGGAAACCUGAAAAGACAUGAGAAGACACACAAAGGGGAGAAGCCUUUCCAUUGCUCCCAGUGUGGAAAGAGUUUUAACCGGUUAGACUACCUGAAAGCUCAUGAGAAAAUACACAAAGAGGAGAAGCCUUUCCAUUGCUCCCAGUGUGGAAAGAGUUUUAAACGGUUAGACUACCUGAAAUCUCAUCAGCAAAUACACACAGUGGAGAAGCCUUACCACUGCUCCCAUUGUGGAAAGAGUUUUAUCCGUUUACAGACCCUGAAAAUACAUGAGAAGGCACACACAGGAGCGAAGCCACACCAUUGCGCCCAGUGUGGAAAGAGUUUUAAACGGUUAGACUACCUGAAAUCUCAUCAGCAAAUACACACAGUGGAGAAGCCUUACCACUGCUCCCAUUGUGGAAAGAGUUUUGUCCGUUUACAGACCCUGAAAAUACAUGAGAAGGCACACACAGGAGCGAAGCUACACCAUUGCGCCCAGUGUGGAAAGAGUUUUAACCACUUAGGAAACAUGAAAGCUCAUGAGCAAAUACACAAAGAGGAGAAGCCUUUCCAUUGCUCCCAGUGUGGAAAGAGUUUUAAACUGUUAGACUACCUGAAAUCUCAUCAGAAAGUACACACAGUGGAGAAGCCUUACCACUGCUCCCAUUGUGGAAAGAGUUUUAAACUGUUAGACUACCUGAAAUCUCAUCAGAAAGUACACACAGUGGAGAAGCCUUACCACUGCUCCCAUUGUGGAAAGAGUUUUAACCGGUUAGAAAACAUGGAAGCUCAUGAGCGGACACACACAGAAGACAUAUUACUCAUCACAGUCACUUAAAAGUCGUGUGAGAAUCCACACAGGAGAGAAGAAGCCUUACUUCUCCUAGUGUGUAAAUUGAUAUUUCACAUCACAUUGACUUAAAGUUCAUCAGAGGACAUACACAGUGCUCCCAUUGUCUUAUAUUGUUGACUGACUGAGAUUGUGUCUUUACUUGUUUAUACCAUAUGAAAUGUAAUUAUACAAAGUAUACUUAAACAUUUAUUUGUAUGUUUUUAUUAGAAAACAUGAAUUGAACAUAGAGUUUGUCAGUUUGAAUAUAGAGUAGAUCAGAUUCCAUGUGUUUAAAUGGUCCUUUUUUAAACUCUGACUGUGUGUUUAUCUGGGUGUGUCAUUCCUCCAGCACUACAGAUAAUCAAAUUAUAUUUGGAUGUGAUGCAUUUGCUCCAUUGUUUACAUUGUUGGCCCACUGAUGAUUUCAUGAAAUACAGUGGGGGGAAAAAGUAUUUAGUCAGCCACCAAUUGUGCAAGUUCUCCCACUUAAAAAGAUGA